UCAUAAGGCCUUGAUUAUUAGAGCUGGCAAGCAAUUAGUUUAAUAAGUUUACGCGCUCAUGACGAUUUUAGAGCCGUAGGAGCUUCAGCAUAUCCUAACUAUAUAUAGGACCAAGAAUGUGCUUCAGGAUUCAAAUUGCUCAACUUUUGAGAGGGAUCCGAUUAGUGCACAUAACGUUGCUUAACGAGUCAUGGCCCGUUCUUCUACUCCUUCCUCGCUGAUGGCAGUGGCCCUUUUCGCCACUGCAAUGUUGUUACUCCUCCGUCCGUCGAACGCUCAACUAACUGCUGAUUUUUAUGAAAAGUCAUGCCCGGGCGUGUCCAGCAUCGUCCAAACCGUGAUCCAGGAGGCCCUUCAAUCCGACCCACGAAUCACCGCCAGCCUCCUCCGUCUCCAUUUCCAUGAUUGCUUCGUCCACGGGUGUGAUGGAUCGCUGUUGCUGGACAAUAGCCCAACCAUACAGAGCGAGAAAGAUGCAGCUCCAAAUUUCCAGUCGGCGAGAGGUUUCGGUGUGGUGGACAAGAUCAAAGCGGCUAUUGAGAGCGCCUGUCCUGGGACCGUGUCUUGCGCCGACAUUCUCGCCCUCUCUGCUCAGGCUUCCGUCUCUUUGUCGGGAGGUCCAUAUUGGACAGUGCUCCUGGGGAGGAGGGACAGCUUGACAGCGUACCAAGCGCUAACAAACACAUCGAUACCGUCCCCUUUUGAUAGCUAUUCCAACCUCAUUUCCCAAUUCUCUGCUGUUGGCCUGGACGUCACCGACCUUGUCGCUCUUUCAGGAGCUCACACCUUUGGACGUGCACAUUGCAAGGUAUUCAGCCCUAGGCUCUACAACUUCACCGCGAGCGGUGGCCCCGAUCCCACCAUUAACCCGUGGUACUUGACCACUCUCCAGAAACUUUGCCCUCAGAACGGCAACAGCAGCGUCCUCUUCGACCUUGACCCAACGACCCCGAACUUGUUCGACAACCACUACUACUCCAACCUCCAGAAAAAUGAAGGGCUUCUUCUGACCGAUCAAGAGUUGUACUCGACAGCGGGCGCCGCGACUAUCUCCCUUGUCAACAGCUUCAGCUUCGACCAGAGUGCCUUCUUCGAGAGCUUCGCUCAGUCGAUAAUAAACAUGGGAAACAUUAGUCCUCUCACCGGGAGUAACGGGGAGAUCAGGUACAAUUGUAGGAAGGUCAAUGGGAAUUGAAAGUGUUUUUUGGGGGAUUGUUGGAAAUGUCGAUUCUACUGGAGAGAGAGCCAGAUGUUUGUAUUUCUACGUCGAGUGUGUAGUGUUAAGAGUUAGUCUGAUUAAAGUAUUACAAUGGAUUGCGCAUCUCUGUUAAGAGAUCACAUUUA